AUCUCAGGUCUCUCUUCUUCCUCCCGAGCUCCGAAUCCUCUCUCGAGAGCUCUCGAGCUCUGCGCGGCCUUCGUUCGUCUCGUUCGAAUCGGACUCGCGCGGGACGGAUCCGCGCCUCCCCUCCUGUUCCGGAGCGCAAUUCCCAGUCGAUUCAUCCCUCGCGUCCUUGUCUUUCGGGCCGGGGGGCGGGCUAGGUUUGCGCCCAGAUUCCUGUUGCGAUCUCUCUCCCUACAUCGGGAGGGGUCUCUUUGAUAAUCGCUUGUGCGUGCGUGCGUGCCUGUGUGUGUGUGGUUUUUCUAGGGAUGUCUCGGUGCUUCCCGUACCCGCCUCCCGGGUACGCGAGGAAUGGGGUCCGCGACGAGGCGCUGAUCGAAUCGAUCAAGAGAAAAGUAGAGAAGGUGAAGAAUGAAAGGAAAAAAGACAAAAAACGGGAGAAGAAAGAAAAGAAGGCAGCCCUGGAAAAUGGAGGUAUUAAAGACAAAAAGCAUAGUCAUAAGAGAAGGAAUGAGGACAAGAGGACCCAAGCUGACCAGAAGGCAGGAGACCAUCGCAGGAAAAGAAAACAUGACACUGAACACUUGGAGAAGAGCAACCUUACUGAAGAACAUGGGAAACCUGUUAAUUCCCUGAAUUCUACAGACAGCACAAUGAACAGCAGCAAAAAGCAAAAGCAAAUCUUGCCUCCAGAUGGCGGGCUAAACCCUGCAAGCAUUAUUCGGAUCCGAUUGCCUCUACAAAGGCACAAAGAUCUAGAAAUGCUACCCAGUGGGGAACAGCCUUGCUCUGCCCCAGUGAGGACAGAUGUUGUUGAUCACGAGAAGCAUGAGCAUGCUCCUAGAUCUAGCACAGACCGGAGAGAGCAUCUUUGCUCAACUUCUUCGAGUGCAGGCGAAGGUACUGCCUCUAAGCUUGGCUUGAUGGAGCAGUGUCCCUCUUCUGGAGUAGCUGAAGCAUCUUCCCAAAAGAAUGGGACUUCGUCCUUACCAAGCUUGGAUGACCGUGGCCUCUCUCGAUCAGAAAUAAAAUACAGAAAUCUGAUCGAAAAUUGGGUGGCACCCUCAUUCCACAGUGGAUGUGCCGAUCUUGAUGAUCAGGACUGGCUUUUUGGGAGAAAGCAGCUCAAUUGUGAUGCUGGAAAUUGUAAAGCCGAUUACGAUGGCUCGACAUAUGGGAGCCCAAGUCCGUGGCCACGCAUGCAUUACUUACCGGAGGUUGAUAUGUAUGCUCUGCCGUACACGGUGCCCUACUGAAAUUGCAUGUGAUGCAAGAUGAGCAGCAGGGGUUCAACCAGCUUAUAGGAAUGGAGGAAAUGUUUCCUUUGGAUGUUAACCGUUUCUUGCGAUCGUACCUGUUUGAUCUUUGAAGCAGUCCUAAUGGUAUACGGAUUUCUUGGAGGGCGUAGAUUUUGCAUGAGGGUUUCUUAUGAUAGAAAGGAAAGUGGGAAAAAGGCUGCGAGCAGAUGGCGGGGUUUUCCUAAUUGUAAUGACGCGACACGGAUCGGUUUUCCCCCCUUAUUAACGAUGAUAAAAAAGAAAUUACACAUAGCUUUUAGGUUCUCAGUCAUUCGGGGUUUGAUCUUUAGCUAUUUCUCCCACUCUUUUCACAGUGUUGUGCAUAUCCUCCUUUGUUCUUUUAUUGCUACCUGCCAAUGGUGCUGCUUCCACUUUCAUGGCUUGGGGGAAGGCAAAGCCAACCAACGCUCGAGUAUAAAGCAAAUGGGCAAGCGGGUAAAGCUCUCCGGUCGAUACAGCAAGGAAAGACUUGGACUCGCUCGAGGGGAGCUGAGAAUAUGCCUUUCGGAUGUCCCUAGCUAGAAUGCUGUGUAUCUGUCAUUUGUUCUGCAUCUGCAAAAGAUGCUUGAUUGGUCUCGUGACCUCACUUAAAAGACAUGCGUUACGACAUUUUUCAUGCACUGCAAUUACUUUAUGCGCUGCAUGAUCCUACAAUUAGCGAAGUGGGAUAUAGCUAGCUUAAAGAGAUUCAGUCAUCCACUUUUUGUUUUCCUGAUUAUAGUUGUUGUUUGAUUUUAGUAUUUCGAAUUGUGGGUUUAAAUAGUCGGGCUUUUUCCAGA